GAGAAAGAGCAUGCAUACCUGAGAGAGAAAUAAGGAUUAUGGGACGUCUGUGUGUGCGCAUCUAAUCCAACCAUAUACUUCGGGGGGCCAGAAUUGCUGGAUAAUGUAAGUUAAGUAAAUCUUUACAGUCUUCUUUUAGCGUUGUGAUUUGGAUUUGAGUGUGUCCCCACAUAGACAGUUUGGUGGAUGUGUGUGUGUGUGUGUUGGUAGGGGGGUGUAUAAACAAAGCCUGCUGUCAGUAUUGAGUUUUUGAGAUGGAAUGUGGAUUCGUUGAAUCCUGAGAUCCUCGGAUUCCUGAGAUUACGUAACGCCAGCGAAAAGAGCUCUGCGUCGAUGUGACGGGCGCGCCUCGCUCUUAUAAACUUCACCUGUGAAGAACAGGUGUGCUGCAGUUCUACAGGCCAUGAGAAACUGCCCGGCCUUGUCUUGUGUUCAUCGGCAGCGCGAUCAAAGUCCACGCCAUUGCAGUUUUACCUCUAUAAUGCUCAUUCAUUAACUGCGUGAACAAAUGUUGUUUGUGCUGUUGCCUCAUUAUGGCCUAAUAAAGGUUGCUAAUAUUUUUAUGUCUUAAAACAUGCAAAUAAAUAAUCAAUUCGAUCAGCGUUGACGUAAACGGUUAUGAGAAACCAAGUGUAAUCAGAGCGAACGAUGGCAUUAUAAUUUAAGUGUUCCGGGAAAACCAGUUGAAGAGCAGUUUUAGCAAGGCCGGGAGAAUGGCUAAAACCAACAUAAGCUGUUUUCUUAAGCAUUUCGGUGGUUUUAUGAGAUCAUUAACAGCGGAACUUGAGGUUUGUCGUCAUCUAGUGGUGAGGUUUACAUCUUUCUUUUGUGAGAGUUCCCUAUAUGUCUGAGUACUGUAAGCUAUUACCGUAAAUGCUGCCGCCUUGAGAAUACAAUGCUUGUUGCCGAAAAAAGGAAAUGAGAGUGUUGUUUGGAUUUUAAACGUACCAUUUCACAAACAUGCACACACGGUAUUUGUGGUUAUACGGACUCCCCCUUUUUUUAUACUGUAAAAAUUGUAGGUGCCGUUGCCCUUCACCAACCCUACAGCUAAACCUACCCCUUACAGGAAACUUCAUGCAUUUUUCUAGACUAAAAAAAUCCUCAUAAACCACCUUCUAAAUGUUAUACCUCUGUCAUACCCAUAUCGUUAAACAAAUCUGUGUCCCCCAACAUCACAAAAACCAGCACACACACAUAACGCACGCAGUUGACUUGCUAUCCUUGUGGGGACUCUCCAAAAGAGUAAAGGUUUUUAUGCUGUACCGUAUUGCCCUACACCAACCUGCACCUAAACCUACCCCUUAAGGUCAGGCUUUUUUAGAUUUAAAAAAAAAACUUCUGUGUGGCCUCAGGGGACCUCAAUUUAGUUAUGUAUUAGGUUGUUUUUUUUUUAGCAGGGCAGCCCCUAUUAUUAACCUGUAUUCAGGAUUAAGUCCCCACCAGAACGGAAAAACAGAGUUCAUCUCGUCUGCAACGGAAACGCACGAAGCAGAACCCACUCGAGCAGCAGACGGCACGCGAUGCUUCAACGACAUUUUUCACAACUCGUCUCCUGUGAGGACCCACGACUCGACUUAAACUGUGGAUAGCUGCGGACGACGGCGCGGAAACUAUUUCUUUAUUUACUGGCCGUGGGAAUGAACUCCAGCACAUCAUACACGUGUGAUUGGGUGUGUUGGGUCCAGAGGUGCGUCUACGUGCCCGUCCUGGUUUUCGGCUUCCCUCUGAUCCUGGCCGCUCUGUGGCAGCUGCUCUUCCGCAUUCGACACUGGAGCGAAUCGACGGUUUACCUCAGCAACCUGAUCAUCAACGACAGCCUGCUAAUGCUGUCCCUGCCCUUCAAAAUACACGCCUACAACAAAGACUGGACCCUAGGUCAGAGUUUCUGCUCCCUGCUGGAGAGCCUGCUCUACGUCAACAUCUACGGCAGCAUCAUGCUGAGCGUGUGCAUCGCCAUCGACCGCUACAUCGCUCUGCAGUUUCCCUUCGCCGCGCGCCGUUUGCGCUCCCCGCGCAAAGCGAUGCUCGCGUGCCUGGUCGUGUGGACGAUGGUCUUCGGGUGCAGCUUCCCCAUCUACAGGCUUCACGACCACGAGCAAACGAACACGACGCACUGCUUCCAGACCUUCUCCAACUCGACUUGGAGUAAAAGCUGGAUUCUGGCGUCUAUGGAGACGGUGUUUUGCGUCAGCGCGUUGGUGAUGGUCUUCUGCUCCGUGCGCGUGGUUCAAGUCCUGCACAAGCUGAGGGAUCGCUAUCCCGGGGAUUCCAAACUGCGCAACAACAAGAGCAUGAAGAUCGUUCUCAGCAACCUGGUGGUCUUCCUCGUGUGCUUCAUUCCUUAUCACGUAGCGGCACCCGUGUACUUCCAUGCCAAGACGCACAAGUGGAAAGAACACACCAUCAACAACCUACGCUACUUUGUUCACGUAAGCAUAUGCUUUAGCAAUGUAAACAUCUUGGCCGACGGCGCGUGCUACUAUUUCAUCCUUAAAGAGAACCUGGAGUCCGCGCAGCGCGAGAGGAGAAUGGCUAUACGCGUCAGAGAGACGCGCAUACGGGGAUCGAAGAGUUUAACGUUUGGAGAUAUACGUAACUGUACGACCAAAACCACCGACAAUGCGGAAAUAUGCGUGGAUACCGGUUUCACGUAAGGAUCCGCGCACCAGAACUAAUGCAAAGGAUGACCGAUGCUACGGGAACACCGCAAAGGACGACGGGAGACAAUAAGACACGCUCGUAUAGCUGAGCAAAGUAUGUUAUACACUCAGGAUGUGAUGUAGGGGAACUUUUAGGGUACCAGACAAUAUCGCGGUAACUCUUACGCACUGGAAUUUUGUCACUGCUUUUAAUCUGAAACCAUGCCGAUGUCCUUUAAAACAUUCUUGUAACAAAAUUGUAUGGUUUGCAUGUUUACGUGUGCAAAACAAUACUAACGUUUUCCAGUUUUGGAGUAAAUUGAUGUGUGUCCAGGUCAGAUUUCGAUUAAGCAAAAUUUACCCACUUAUAUUAUUUUUUAACAUCUUAAUUAUUCUUAAAUGACGAUUCUCGUUACUGGCAUACGUGCCAUUUUCAGUAAUACUGUAAAAAAAUCAGUUCGCAAAUUGAAAUAAGUAUUUUAAUGAAGCAAAACAAAAGAAUAUAUACAUAAGUUUUCAUUACUGUAUCAUCAAAAGUACUAGAAACGAUAGAAAACAACAGAGAACAUUUAUAUUGACACAAGAAGCCAUUUAUAUUGAUCUUUACUGCCUUUAUUAAAAAUAUAUAUUUUUUAAAUAUUAAAAAAUUAUGUAUUCAAAAUUUCUAUAGUAAUAGUAAUAUAGUAAUAGAAAUUUCUUAUUUCUACAGUAAUAGAUGUGAAUAAACAUUGUGAUAAAAAAGUAUCAUCAUUUAAGAAUUAUUUUAAAAAAGACAGAUGUGUGUAAAAAAGACUAAUUACAUAAAAUUACAUUUUAUUUGUGAUUUUUUUUUUUUAUAUAAUCAAUAAUGAUAUUUUGAAACCCGUUUUUGAAUGUUACGGAAUGUUAAAAUGUUUUCAUGAUUUGUUCUGCUCCCAAAAUCUCUCUUUUCACCAGCAGAGGACGCACUUCAGGUUUCUUUUCUUUUUUUAUAAAUGUGGUUUAAUUGCGGUAAAGCCCGUCAGGCAACAGGAAGUCGACAGGUCUCGUUAAUGUAAGUGAGUUCAGUGUUCAUAUUAAAAGAAAUGAUUAACUUUAACGCUAUCUCCCUGCCACAGAAUACAGUUUAAGUUGAUGUCAAAGGUUCCCGUUCUGAAGCAGAUGCAUCUUUGUGUGUAAUCAGCAUAGAAUAAGUGCUGUAAGAGGGUAAAGGUUAAACGCAAUCGACCGGGAGUGUCUUGUUCUACAGCAGGGAAGUGUGACAAAACGCUACAUUUCAUUUUUCUGAACCAGAUUAAAGUUGCUCUGCUUGUACAUACGUUUCCAUACGUUUUAUAAUUCAACAGAUAAUGCUGCUAUAAAUGUAGCCGAGUCAUUUCAUGAAAGACUACUAUAUAUGAAGAGUAUUUUAGCUUCGGUUUCUGAGAUUCCUCACGAAGAACUUGCAGGUAGUUCUGAUGUUCCACCGUCUCCAUCUCUCCUUGUCGGUGUAUGUGUUAUUUAUUGCAAUAAAUAAGACUUUGUAUUAAAAAUG